CAUAGCAGCAACACUACCCACUUUCAUUCUGCAUUUCAAUCUUAAGAAAUGGAAGAAGACGCACCUAAGGAGUUCCGUGAGCUAGUAUUGGAAGACGAAUGGAAAAAAGUAAUUGAAAAAUACAAUGAAGAUAUUAACUAUCACAAGAUAGAAAUCAAGGGAAGAGGAACAGCAUUACACGUGGCAAUUAGCAAUGGACGCACAGACGUAGUGAAGUUUCUUGUAGACGCGAUAGAAGUGCAUGGAGAUGAAAGUAGUUUGAAAAUUCUGAGUGAUAUAGGUGCAACUCCUCUUCACCUUGCAGCAUAUAGAGGAUUCACUGAGAUGUGUGAAGUUAUAAUUGGAAAAGAAGGUCAAAGGAAAUCUUUGGUUCAAGAGAAAAAUGCAAAUGGAGAGACACCACUUUUUUGGGCUGUGUGUGGACGUAAAAGAUUGGUGUAUAUUUAUCUGCAACAGUUUUAUCCUCUUGAUCUCAAUAUUGCUAUCGAUAAGAAUAAUACUAGCAUCCUUCAUGUUGCCAUUCAGAAAGAAAUGUUUGAUUUGGCAAUUAUAAUAAUGUAUGGCUACCAAGGUCUUAGAUUUAUGAAGAACAAAGAUGAUGUCGUUCCUCUCGAAAUUCUUGCUACUAAGACAUCCGCCUUCAAGAGUCAAAGUAGCCUAUCAUGGUGGAAGAAAAUCUUGUACUACUGUCUUAUUAUAAGCUGCCACGAUGCAAAAACUACAAUGGAAUUGUAUAGAAAGAAGGUUAUAUCUACAGAAAAUGCAGAGGAUGAGAAAUGUGAUAACAGUGAAGUUGCAAUACCUAUAUACCAUGUUGAGGAAUUAGAAAAGGCAUACAAAAUACGAAACAAAUAUUUAGCAUUCAAAUGGCAUAUCCCAUCACUAUUGGAUUUAGAAGCAAUUAAAACUAUUAAGAAGAAGCAUAUAUAUGGUGGUCAGCUCUUGAAAGAAUUCAUGAAAACACCUACUUGGUCAUACAUGGGUGGUGGGGAGGAGCCAUCACAUGACACGAAAUAUGAUGACGAAAUGAAAAAUGAAAUUCUUAAUUUUCCCGAGAUUAUCAAGCACGCACAGGAAGGAGGCGAUGCCUCAAUAAAAGAGACAAAAGAAAAUAAGAAAAUGGAAGAUUUAGCAAAUAUUAAUGGAAAAGAUACAAUAUUUUCGGCAAAACCAAAAAAUGGCAUAUACGUAGAAUUGAAGAAUAUUAAAACAGAAGUAAAGGACACAGCAUAUUUGAUUGCAGCAACUCAUGGAAUAGUUGAGAUGAUGUCAGAGCUUCAAUCAAAUAUAAGAAGCGCGGUUGAUGAAACUAACUCUAACAAUGAAAAUGCAUUGCUUUUAGCAGUAAAGUACAGGCAACCGCUUGUCAUUGAGUUUUUGCGGAAAUCUAUACCUGGAGGAGUCUUUCGUCACCUAAAUAUACAAAUUGAUAAAAAUGAGAAUCCCAUUUUACACUUGGCAGCAUAUACAUCAUUUCAAACCUACACAUCAUUCAAGAGUGAAAAAACCUGGAGGAUAUCUGGUGCUGCCAUGCAAUUGACGUGGGAAAUCAAGUGGUAUAAGUACAUAAAAGAACAAGUACCAGAGAAUUUCAAUAAUAGAGUCAACAUAGAAGGAAAUAUCCCAAGUGAAAUAUUUAAGGAGCAACACAAAGAACUUCUACAAAACAGUGUUAAGUGGUUGAACGACACAGCAAAUUCAUGCUCAGUUGUUGCUACUCUUAUUGCUGGUGUCUCCUUUGCAACAUCAGGCAGUGUACCUGGUGGCAAUAAACAAACAGGAGAACCAGCAUUAGAAGGACAACCUGCAUUUAAAGGAUUCGCUAUAUCUUCAUUAAUUGGAUUGUACUUCUCUGUCACUGCACUCAUCAUGUUCCUUACUAUACUUACUUCUCAAAAAGAACUCGAAGAGUUUCGUUUCAACUUGCCAAUGAAGCUUCUUUUAGGCUUGAGUUCUCUCUUUGUAUCCGUUGUCUCUAUGUUUGUUUCCUUCUGUGCUGGGCAUUUCUUUGUGCUCACAGAUGAAUAUACAAAGGGAAGUAUCUUGUUCUAUUUAUAUAUUUCCAUUUGCCUCCCUGUCACGUUCUAUGCAUCUGCGCAGUUUCCGUUAUUUGUUGAUCUUGUUAAAGUUGUUUGGAAGAAGGUUCCACCACAAAGUGUUAAGGGUGUUCUUCUGUAGAGGUGUUUGUUUUGUUAUAUUGUUGUGUGAAAUGGACCUAAUGGGUUAGGUUUCUACUUGAAUAAUAAUUUUUUAUGUUUUGAAUACUAUUGUGACUGUAGUGUGAUUUAACUCGUUUGUAUAACUAUA